AGAUUUAAACAUGUAGGUCUAUGGUAAUAACAUAUGACCCUAAUCAUUUGGUGGCAGAAAUGCAAAGCAGUGUAAGAAACCAAAGUAUAAUCUUCAGUCUGUAAAGUAUGACACACAUGUUAAGGUGAAAUAGGUCACUUAAUUCUAAUAGUCGUAACUUUGCUCACUAUGGUAACCUGCGGCUCAUAAAGCUGCUUGUUCUGUAGUUCUCUUUAAAAAGAGAGAUAUUGAUUAUUCUUAAAUGUGCAUUUUUCAAUUAGGUUAUGUAUGAAUAAGCAUAUUUCAAUCUCUCUUUCUUCAUUUAAACUACUCAGGAAUUGCUUUUAAGUCCAAAUGAAUACAGCCUUUUUUAACCAUCAAAAUCCAUAUUUAGGCUACUCAUGACCGCCGCGAUCUUGUCCUGUAGGAGCUGAUAGAUUUGAGAUAAGACUGCUAUGGGGUCAUGCCCUGUUAAAAGCGCCAGGGGGACCAAAACAUGCGUCAGUUUGAAGAACACUGUGCUGGGUGCGUCUACAAUGGCUCCCUGGUACGCACCAAGUCUUCGCUCCCGUCUGGCACCUUUGUUGCUUUUUUUGCAGAUGGGGUUUAUUUUCAUAUAUGGCUUUUGCACUGAGGUAGAGAGCAAUGUGAGUGUUGACGGAAUAACGUUCAGAAACUUUUACCCAAACUUCCAGGAUGUAAAUGUUAUAGUGUUUCUAGGUUUUGGAUUCUUAAGCACUUUUCUAGUGCGUUAUGGUUUCAGUGGCUGUGGAUUCAACGUUCUUGUGUCUGUCAUGGCAACUCAGCUGGCUAUCAUACUCAAUGGAAUUGAGUCCUGGUAUUACAGAGGAAAGAUCAGUAUCAAUUUGAGAAGCUUAGUUGUUGCUGAGAUGUGCACCGUAUCUGCCCUCAUUUCAAUUGGAGCCGUGCUGGGGAAGACUAACCCUGUGCACCUCGUCUUUAUUGCCCUGCUUGAGGUAUCUGGAUUUGUUCUGAAUAAGUGGUUCCUCCAGACUCUGUUAAAGGUCCAACCUUUGAACAGCAUCAUGCAGCUUCACAUCUUUGGGGCCUUUUUUGGACUCAUGCUGACUUGGAUGCUGUAUCGGAAAGGAUCUGAGCUACCAUUUGAAAAAGAGAAAUCUGAUCACAAAUCAGGAUUAUUCUCCAUGCUGGGGACUGUGUUCCUAUGGAUGUUCUGGCCAAGUUUUAAUUCAGUACUUGUGGGUGAUGCUCCUUCUGGGAGGAAGUUGGGGGUCGUGUGCAGCACCUACCUUGCUCUGGCUGUCAGUGCUGUAACAGCAGCUGCUGUUUCUGUCCUCUCCAGUCCCAAGGGAAAACUCAACCUGAACCACAUGCAGUCAUGCAUCCUUGCUGGUGGUGUUGCUAUUGGGGUUUCCAUGUCAGUGGUUCAUCAGCCAUGGGAAGCCAUGUCAAUCGGAUUCAUUGCAGCAAUUGUCUCAACCAUUGGAUACAGAUAUCUCAAGAUCCACAUGCUUCUUGCAUUUCAGUGCCAUGACACCUGUGCUAUGCUGAGCACACACGGGCUCCCUGGUCUACUUGGGUGGCUGGCACAUCUUGUCCUUCAGCUUAAAGACUGUGAUGAUCACACCAUGGGAAUCCGGUUUGCUGUUGUUCACAUUUGUACACUUUUCAUCACCAUCACUCUGAGUCUGUCCAUGGGAAUCAUUACAGGGUGUUUACUGAAGUUGAACUUCUGGAGACCACCCCAGGACAAGAAAUGUUUUGAUGAUCAGGCUUUUUGGGAGGUACGGUAUUAAGACAUAAUCUUCUGACAGGCUAACUAAUAUCAAGCUUAAGAUGAUAAAAGUCAUCCACAAUAAUUCUAAAUUUCAAUUCAUUUAUAAAUAUUGUGUGUUGUGUGAAAAACCAUAAAAAGGUUAACUCAAUGCAAUAAUGAACACAAUAUUUUAUUGUUUUACAGUUUCCCCAUCUUGCAGUGCAAAAGUGAAAUGUGGAGAAGGAAGUUGAUGGAGCUUGAUCUUCAGAGUAAAAACUCUCUUUGGUGUGCUUUCAUAACAGUGUAUUCAAACUAAAACAUUUGCAUUCUU